CUCGAGUUUUUCACGCUCGCGUGCUCGGCCUAUAUCUUUUGUGGCAGGUACCUAAAUGUUUCCUAACACCAGGCUCACUUUGAAAUCACGACUCGGCAGACACUGAAAGUAAUAUUGUGCUGACACAGUUAAGCGAAUAUGCCCUCGAGAAAGAGUUUGAACAUUGGCAUCAUUGGUCCGGCCGGCUUUGGCGGCAGUUAUCUCUGCGUCGAGCUGCUCAACAGAGGGCACAAGAUUGUGGGCAUUUCGCGCUUUCCGUCGAAGCUAGGCAAGAACCCCAGCUACGAGCCUAGAAGUAUCGAUGUUACCAAAGCCAGUAUCCAGGAGCUUGCUGAGGCGUUCAAAGGCCUCGAGGUCCUUGUCAACGAGUAUGGGCCUCAUACUGCAGGAGAGGGUGCUUUGCAAUACCAGCCCUUCCUCGAGCUUACUCGAAAGAUCGUGCUCGCGGCCAAAUCUUCCAAAGUGAACUACUUCAUCAUGGUUGGGGGUUGCGGAAGCCUCCACAUGCCUGACAAGCCAUUUCAGAGCGUGUGCGAGAGCAACGAGUGGUGGCUCGCAUAUAGGCGCGGAAUAGCUGACAGCGAAGCGCAUGUCUCGUACAUGGAGGACCGUUUAGGCUCAAUGGGAUUCUCACUGCGCGGUUACAGGAACGCGCGCAAGCUGCAAAGGGAGGGCGAGGCAACAGAGGAGUCUCGCGCGAUCAUCGCUGCAUACGAAGAGAAAGCAAGGAGCAACGAUUCUGCACUAGUAUUCGUCACGGCCUGCAGGACAUCCUUCAUGUUCUUUGAUGGGAACACGUCUUUCCGAUGGACAUACAUCUCUCCCCCGGCUUUGUAUCGCCCUGGGCCGCGAAGCGGCAGGUAUGAGGUUAUCUUUGAUGAAAUACCUCUUAAAUCUGCGGCCAAAGAUGACCCGUCAGACCUGGAGGGCCGGCUGCAUGGUAUUACUGCUGCGGAUCUAGCCAUUGCCAUUGCAGAUGAAGCUGAGGAGCAGACACGUGUCGGCAGGCAUUGGAGCGCAUACGGCGACUUGUCAGAAGAUACACCGUACCCUUCAUAUGUAACUAUAUCGUAGAAUUUAGUAGUUGACGU